AUUGCCAUUAUCAUAUCAAUAUCAUUCACAUUAUUUUUGGUUUUCUAGUAGUUGACAUAUUAAUAAUAAUAACCCUUAUCAAGACUUUAUAGUUCCUCUACCCCUUUCCUUCCUCACUUGAAAAAACAUUGUGUUCAAUUUGAGAAAAAUCCUUUUCCAAUAUUUUCCUUCCCCCCCUAAGAAAAAUCUGGUGAUCGAAGGUAGCUAGCUAGCUCGACCGACGUAGUAGUUCAUCUAUGGCGGGGGCAGCCGGUGGGAAGUCGCUCGAGCAAACACCGACAUGGGCCGUUGCCGUUGUUUGCUUUGUUUUGCUCGUCGUCUCUAUUUUCAUCGAAUAUAGUCUCCAUCUUAUCGGACAUUGGCUAAAGAAGAGACACAAACGGGCGUUAUUUGAAGCAUUAGAGAAGAUCAAAUCAGAGCUUAUGUUAUUGGGAUUUAUAUCAUUGCUACUGACGGUGGGGCAAGGACCAAUAACGGAGAUAUGUAUUCCACAACAUGUAGCUGCAACCUGGCAUCCAUGUACAAAGGAAAGAGAAGAUGAGAUGAACAAAGAGAUGGAGAAAUCUGUGCAACAUUUGGGUCAUAAUCGCCGGAGACUCCUUCAUCUCGUCGGAAAUGGUGGAAGUUUCCGGCGGAGUUUGGCCGCUGCGGGAGGAGCUGAUAAAUGUGCUGCCAAGGGUAAAGCUUCAUUUAUCUCAGCAGAAGGAAUUCAUCAACUUCAUAUCUUCAUUUUUGUGUUGGCUGUUUUCCAUGUUUUGUAUUGUGUUCUAACUUAUGCUUUGGCUAGAGCUAAGAUGAGGAGUUGGAAAACAUGGGAAAAAGAGACCAAAACUGCUGAAUACCAAUUCUCACAUGAUCCGGAGAGAUUUAGGUUUGCAAGAGACACCUCAUUUGGGAGAAGACAUUUGAGCUUUUGGACCAAAAAUCCUGCCUUCAUGUGGAUCGUUUGUUUCUUCAGACAAUUUGUAAGAUCUGUUCCAAAAGUUGAUUACUUGACAUUAAGACAUGGGUUUAUAAUGGCACAUUUAGCACCUCAAAGUCAUACACAAUUCGAUUUUCAAAAAUACAUUAAUAGAUCCCUUGAAGAAGACUUCAAAGUUGUUGUGGGAAUCAGCCCACCAAUUUGGUUCUUUGCUGUUCUAUUUCUCCUCUCAAACACUCACGGUUGGAGGGCAUAUCUAUGGCUUCCAUUCAUCCCACUAAUCAUUUUGCUGUUGGUUGGAACAAAAUUGCAAGUGAUCAUAACGAAAAUGGCACUAAGAAUACAAGAAAGAGGAGAAGUAGUGAAGGGCGUGCCGGUGGUGGAGCCUGGGGAUGACCUUUUUUGGUUUAAUCGACCUCGUCUUAUUCUUUAUCUCAUCAACUUUGUUCUCUUUCAAAAUGCCUUCCAAGUUGCUUUCUUUGCUUGGACUUGGUAUGAGUUUGGGUUGAAUUCUUGUUUCCACGAGCAUAUAGAGGAUGUGGUGAUCAGAAUUUCCAUGGGGGUGCUUGUACAAAUCCUUUGCAGUUAUGUUACUCUUCCUCUUUAUGCACUAGUCACUCAGAUGGGUUCAACAAUGAAGCCAACUAUAUUCAACGAGAGAGUGGCAGAGGCCCUUCGCAAUUGGUACCACUCGGCUCGAAAGCACAUCAAACACAACCGCGGUUCGGUCACUCCAAUGUCGAGCCGACCCGCCACCCCGACUCACAGCAUGUCACCUGUCCACCUUCUCCGACACUACAAGAGUGAAGUCGAUAGCUUCCACACCUCACCGAGAAGGUUCGACACCGACCGUUGGGACAAUGAUUCGCCCUCACCGUCUCGCCAUGUUGAUGGUUCGUCUUCCUCACAACCCCAUGUCGAGAUGGGAGGUUAUGAAAAAGAUCCCGUUGAUUCAAGUUCGUCUCAAGUUGACCCGAUUCAACCAUCCCGAAACCGCAAUCAACAUGAGAUUCAUAUUGGGGGCCCCAAAGACUUUUCAUUUGAUAGAGUUGAAUGAAACAAUCUCGUUUAGGCCAUUCAUCUCGAACUUUUUAACUUGUACGAUAUAUUAUCAUUAUGAUCAUUUUUUAAUUUUCAUUUCCCUUGCAAAUUUAGUAGGAACGGAUGUAGUAUAUGUAUAUUAAUAAGGAUGACAUUGAGAAUAUUUUCAAUAUCAGUUAUAGUUUUAUUCUUUUAAAA